UUUGCAAAGUAGGUUGCGAUGAAGAUCUACUUCUGUGUUUACUACAUAAUAUACACAGAGUAAUCAAUCUCCGGUACAAGCGGCCUCGCAGGAUGUGGCCAGCUGUGUUCGGUAGCUUUCCAAUGGGUUCCGCAAUGUGAACACUUGGCUUUGUCCACAUUCCAUCAUAUUUCUUUAGGACCCCAAGCUUACGCAGCUUGUGUAUCUAAUGCACCACCUUAUCACCCAUGGAUUCCCAGCGUCAGUUCAAUCCCCAGCAAGACUGGUCUUGGGGUGAAGCGUCUGCUUCUACCACAUCGGCCGCUGAGCCUGUUGAUCAGUCUGGCGGAAACGGCACUCGCCACCGUCCAUCUCAAAAUGCCCCCAAGCCCGCGAACGUGGGAGCAUCCGAGCCGACACCCGAGUCACCCGAAACGGGCUCUCACCCAGGCACUCAACAGCAGCAACGACGGGAGCGUUACUACCGACCGCGGACAUGCCGAAUUUGCCUCGAUACCGUCAACCCCACGUUCGAGAUGGAUACCGGUGCAACGGCAUCGGUGUUUGGCGCUCACCCCCGCGUCAAAUACAUCUCGGAUGACCCGGAACUUGGACGUUUGAUUAGUCCGUGCAAGUGCAAAGGAUCUCAACGCUACGUCCAUGAGGGUUGUCUGCAGGCAUGGCGUCAGGCCGCGCCGCUGAACGAUCGAAAUUUUUGGAGCUGCCCUACGUGCAAGUUCCAAUACCGCAUGGAUCGACUGCAGUGGUCGGCAUGGCUGUCUAGUCGCCUCGCGCGUGCGGUACUCACCUUAUUGGUCGCCUUUAUCACUGUCUUUCUAAUGGGCUUUGUAGCCGACCCCAUCAUCAACCUCUGGGUCGACCCUUGGGGAACUUUUAUGGAUGCGGUAGGGGAAGUGGUAGAUGAUUUUGAUGAUUUUCGUGGAGACCUCGCAGACCAGGGGAGCUACACUUGGUCAUUGCACUUUGUCAAAGGUGUCAUGUCGCUUGGGCUUCUGGGGGCUGUCAAGACGGUGCUUGCGAUGAGCCCUUGGCAAUGGUGGCACUUCCGCAAUGGCGGUAUGCUGGGGAAUGCAGGAAACCGGCGAGGUCGCGAUCGGAUAGAAAGUGUGAACCUUGCCCUCGUUAUGGUCGGACUUUUUACAUUCCUAGUGGCAACUUGGAAGGUCAUCAGCGUGUUGAGCUCCAGAGUCCUCGAAAAGGUUAGUGAGAGGGUCGCUGAUAUUCACGGUGAUGAAGACGACGACGACGAUGAUUAUCAAGACUAAGAGGGUCACGAUAAUUAACAGCAUGUGACCCUAUCAUUGCCUCGAGGAGUUAGAUAUGUUAUGAGAACAAGUCUUUUCCCAAUCGUCCCGCAUGCACAUGAGCCAUGACGUCGGCCUUGUUGUCCGACAUGAAC